AAGCGCUUAUUCGCCGGCUGGUCACUCGGAACCAUUUUUUAACUCUCAGUGAAUUCUUUUGGAUUUUUUAAGAAAAACUUCGACUAAACCGACUCAGAAAUAUUCGAACAUUUUAUUGUUUUAGAAAUUUAAGUCCGUUUAGUAAUAAAUAGAACUAAACAAGAAAAGAAAAGUCUGUUAAGAAUUUCUGUAAACGAAACAGGCGCAAGCGCCUCCAGCGGACGAAAACCUAAACACGAAAAACAAAUUAAUCCGACUGGCCACACGUUGCAGCUCUAAUAAAAACAAUAUAAAUAUAUAAAAAAGUUACGGUGCGAAAAGGAAAGGUGUUUUAAGUGCCGCUGAUUAACUCCAAAUUAAAAGUUAUUAAAAAGCAACAAAUAGCAGCAAAGUGUGCAGAAUGAGCGAGCAGAAAACGAGUGGGUCCGCGUCGACGGCCCUUCAGCAAAUUGAGGCGGAAUAUAAGGAGAAACAGGCCAAAUGGCCUGCCUUCUACAAGGAUAUUUGCGAAAGCUGUGACCGGGAGGCAAAGGAGAAACAGUUCAGCACUUCGGAAUCGGAACGACACACAAACCGAGGCCUGAAUCGUUAUCGGGAUGUGAAUCCGUACGACCAUUCCCGCAUUGUCUUAAAACGAGGUCCCGUGGACUACAUCAAUGCGAAUCUGGUUCGGCUGGAGCGCGCCGAGCGAGAGUACAUCCUGACGCAGGGACCGCUGGCAGAGACAGUGGGCCACUUUUGGCUGAUGAUCUGGGAGCAAAAGUCCAAUGCGAUUCUCAUGCUUAACAAGCUGAUGGAGAAGAAGCAGAUCAAGUGCCACCUCUACUGGCCCAACGAAUUGGGAGCCGACAAGGCCCUGAAGCUGCCCCAGGUCAAGCUCACGGUGGAGCUCGUUCGCUGCGAAACCUACCAGAACUUUGUGCGCAGAUGGUUCAAGUUAACCGAUCUCGAAACACAGCAGAGUCGGGAGGUUAUGCAGUUUCACUACACCACAUGGCCGGACUUUGGCAUACCGAGUUCUCCGAAUGCAUUCCUUAAGUUCUUGCAGCAGGUUCGCGACUCCGGCUGCCUCAGUCGCGACGUGGGGCCGGCUGUAGUGCACUGCAGCGCUGGAAUUGGCCGCUCGGGCACCUUCUGCCUGGUGGACUGCUGCCUCGUGCUGAUCGAUAAGUUCGGCGAGUGCAAUGUGUCGAAGGUGCUCUGCGAGCUGCGCAGCUAUCGCAUGGGCCUGAUCCAGACCGCCGACCAGCUGGACUUCUCCUACCAGGCGAUCAUCGAGGGCAUCAAGAAGCUGCACGAUCCCGCCUUUCUCGACGCUGAAGAACCCAUUAUCAGCAACGACACUGACACACACACACUGGAUGAGCUGCCGCCGCCGCUCCCGCCUCGCGUUCAAUCGCUCAACCUGCCACUGGCACCCAAUUCCGGCGGCGUGCUCUCGCUCAACAUGCGCGCAGUACAUGCAAACGGAGAUGGGGAUAUCGGCGAACUGAUUAACCUGAGCAAGGAUGCCCUUAACAACUUUAUCAAUCAGCAUGACAUAAUCCACGAUGCCGAGGUGGCCGACAGUCGCCCGUUGCCCCCCUUGCCCUCGGAGCCGCAAAGAGGUGUUAGCGAAUCGGACAGCGAUGAGGAUUACUUGCUGGACGACGACGAGGACGAUGACACUGAUGAGGAUGAGGAGUACGAGACCAUUAACGAACACGACGCCGAACCAGUUAAUGGUCACGUGCCCCCGACGACGACACAGCCACAUGCCGAUGAUGUGAAUGCCAAUAACGAGAAGCAAGCCGCAUCAGCCGGCGAACAGCAGAAGGCUAACGGCAUAGAUCCAAUUGCAGGCCAGCUUCCAGCCAGUCCCGAGAACGAGCUGAAGCGGCGAAAACGCAACGAAUACCAGGCCAAUCUGGAGCAGAAGGUCAACGAAAUCAAGCGGAAGCAGCGGGAGAACGAGGACAGCCAGCUGGCGGCAAAGAAACGAAGGUCAUUACUCACAUAUAUUGCCGCUGGUGUUGUGGUGGGCGUGAUCUGCGCCUACGCAUACACGAAGCUAGGAUAAGUGCCCCGUAGCCACUAAGUAGUCGUAGACCAGUAGUAGCAAUAGCUGUAUGACGUAUUUAGUUGCCCUAGGUUAACGAUUCCUCCCCUGAUACCUGGCUUCCGACCACCGAUCCCCACCAGCUCGUCCGCCUCGCCUGGCAUCUAAUGUGGGCACGAAUCAAGGACAAUGGGGCACGGAUCGGAUAGGAUCAGAGAUCGGAUGGAAUCGCAUCGCAAUCUACACUCGGAUUGCGAACGGCGGAUUGAGCUGAACGAACGAAACACGAUGCAUAAACAUUAGGGAAUUUUUUAUAAACAGAAACAAAUGAAACAAAAGAACAUGCAACUAAACUGAACGAGAAUCGGGUAGAAAUCACGUCAAAUGUAGAUUUUGCGCAAUAGACUGACAUUUUAGAACAAAUUUAUUUUCUACACCUAAAAAAUGAUUGAUAACAGAUCAGAGUCCCCGAAAGAAGCACACCAAACUGCAAAAUUCACCUUACUCGCUCGCUACGCAAUACAAUUGAUUUUAGUUAUUAUGAUUACCAACGAUUCAAGCACCUCCGGAAUCCACUCACACGCUUCACUUGUUGUUGUACAGCAAUUUCUUAUAGCAUACGACCUAUGUAUAUUUAUUUAUGAAGAUUUAUGAGAAACGAACACUUGUUGUAGUACAUGGCAAAAAAUACAAAGUGCAGCAAUGUGCCAAAAAAAAAAAAAAACGAAACGCAAAAUUGUAUGGAAAGCCCUUUAUGACUUUUAACUUUACUUGCCCCAUACUUACUUUGAAUUGUUGUGUUUAAUAAUACGUUCGCCUUUAAAAACACUCUAUUGAAACAACCGAAAUGCAGCGUCAUUAAAGCAAUAAUAGUUAAAAAGCAAAAAUAGCACAAAGUACACCUAUAUCUCGUUUAACACUUCAUAAUUAAGUUUUUGUUUCGUACAAGGACCGCACACCAUUUGAAAUCAAAAUGAAGUAAUUAUUGUCAAAAUUGUAAUGGAUUUCCCUAGUUGCAUAUUAAAUUAAAUUUAAAAACGUUUUACUAAGUCGCUAAGCGAUGUAUAGGUGUAUGGUUUAAUAAUUAUAUGUUAACACGCAGGUUUUGCCAUAGCAAAAUCAUUUUGUGGUCAACAAACGAAGGUGUAGAGUGUCGAAAACUAUUCAAUGGUUUUCCAAUAGAGUAAGUGUGUAACCCCAAUCCCCAAAACAUAUUUAUAUAAACGUGUAGCGUGAAAGGACGCAAAAACACAAGAAUUAUUUUUUAUAUGUGUAACCCACAAUUUAACGAAAUUCAAGUAACCACCCACGAAAGCAAGGCAUACGAAAUCAGAUGAGCCGAGGAGGAUAACUAAAAACAAAAAUACAUAUUUAUAUUAAUUAUAUUUAACAGUAACAUGAACAAUACCUAUAGUAAUGCCUAGUUAACUGAACGUCGGCUAAGUACACCAUCUAUACAAUUGAGACAAUUUGAACACCACACAACACAAACCAACACAAGUACUAUUUAUAAUGCCUAUGAGAAAAGAAAAGAGAAGUGAGAAAAAGUAUUCAAAUAAAGCUAAUCAUUUAAGACACGAAAA